AGUUGCACAUCUAACACAUUGGAUAAUGCACUACUUCCUCCUGACAGGUAGAUGGCGACAGAUAGUUUCUGUAUUCGCUUGCUUGCUAUCACAACAAAAGAAGAGAAGACUUCAAGGGGCGGACAUCUGUCCUCUACACGAGUGUGGUCUUUUGUGGCUACAUCCGUCUUGUUGUUACACCUAAGUGGUAUUGUACAGAGAUUUGGGCGUCAUUUAAAACACACCAAGUGUUCGAGUGAAGAUUCGUAUUCGUCUGGUACGCUUCGUAAGCGAGAAGAAAACACGCUUCGAAUCUGGGGAGCGCGGUAAUCGCCAUUUUGCGCAUUCAACAAUCGAAGUUUAUCGUUUCCUGUUUCAGGAGGAUUUUAUUUUGCAACAUGGCAGAAGCAGACCGACCGGGGAAGCUGUUUAUCGGUGGGCUGAACACCGAGACCACCGAGAAGGCCCUGGAGCAGUACUUCGGCAAAUAUGGCAGGAUAGCUGAACUUCUUUUGAUGAAAGAUCGUGAAACCAACAAGUCCAGGGGCUUUGCAUUUGUGACAUAUGAAAGCCCGGCUGACGCAAAGGACGCGGCACGAGAGAUGAAUGGAAAGUCUCUUGAUGGCAAGCCUAUCAAGGUGGAGCAAGCUACCAAACCUCAAUUUGAGUCGGGGGGCAGACGAGGACCACCCAUGCACUCCCGCAGUCGUGGCCCGCCUCGGGGCAUCCGUGGAUCCAGGGGUGGUAUGCGGGGCCCACCAUCCAGAGACUACUAUGAUGAUGGUGGAGAACCCUUCUUUAAGGGGAUGAAGAGAGGACCUCCUAUGCGCAAUGGAGGUCCCCCGCCAAAGAUGAGCAGACCCCCCAUGUCAAGGGACAGGGACCCCUAUGGCCCACCCCCCCGCCGAGACUCUAUGUCCAGGAGGGAUGACUAUCCAUCACCUAGAGAUGACCACUAUAACUCAAAAGACAGCUACUCCAGUCGAGAUUAUAGCUCAAGAGAUUCAAGGGACUAUGGACCGCCUCCCAGAGAUUUUUCAUACCGCGACUACCCAAGUUCCCGAGAUGAUUAUGGCUCAAUGUCAAGAGGCUACAGCGAUCGUGAUGGUGGAGGCAGAGAGUCCAGGAGCUACAUGGACCGCCCAAGCGGUGGUGGCUCAUACCGGGAUUCAUUUGAUGGUUACGGUAACUCUCGCAGCGGCCCACCUUCACGGGGCCCCCCACCGUCCUUCGGUGGGGGCAGCGGAAGCAGUCGUUACGAUGACUAUGGUGGCAGUUCCCGGGAUGGCUAUGGCGGCCGUGACAGUUACAACAGCAGUCGGAGUGACCCGUAUCCACCUCCCCGAGGAGAGCGAAUGGGUAGGCAGGAGAGGGGGCCCGCUCCCCCGGUCGAGAGAGUAUACCCUCCUCGCGAUCCAUACGGCUCGAGCCGUGGAGGGCCGCGCGGCGGCCGUGGAGGAAGUCGAGGCGACAGAGGCAUGGCUCGCAACAGAUACUAAAAUGGACAUGGAAGUUUCCCUAAAAAUACAUGUUAAAUCUUUGGGCACCGCUCAGCGCCUUGUGGGGGGGUCGCUGACAAAACAAGUCACCAUGUCUAAACCUGUGAAAUAUGAAGCUUAGCUUUCAAUUGUAUCUUUUGACUUUCCCCUUUUUUUGUGUUGACUUUUGAUUUGCAUUUUUUAGUCCUAAAGUUCAGUAACGGAGUGUUUUUGUACAUUCAGUGAUUUUAGUACCUGCAAUGCCCUAAAAGUCUGGCUUUUCCUCCACCAAUAAAGCUUUUAGUUGUACCCUCA